AUGGGAUUCACCAUCUCCGAUGGCAAUGUAGUCCAACGUCUGAUAGCGUAGAAUAUUCCUGAUACUUUGCCCAAUCGUCCAUAAAUACCCUAAGGCGGAUGCGAGGUUGGCAUUCUAGUGUUUGGCAUAGUGCUUUCCUGAUGGUUUUGUAGAAUUACGUCUGGAUACGCCUUUCUGAAAAGGUAUAUUAUGAAGCUAUCCUCUCGGGUGCUGAGUGGCGUCGGUACUUUUGUACCCGGCUUUCUCUAACGCCGAUCCCGUUUUGAUGUUUUCAAAUGGGUGCAUUCUUUGGAUUCAAGUCGGUAUUUGGUUUUGGUUUAUUUUAUGCACUACGUGCGUAAAAAAGCUCACCCUAUAUAAGUAUAUCUCUAUAUACAAUUUCCUUUUGAUAGUGUAUACUAGCAUAUACGUAUCUCUUUAAGACAAAAGUCCAAGUCGG